AGGUAGGAGAACACUGCGCAUCUCACCUUCACCGUUGCUUUGUGCUCUGUCUCGCCGGUCGACUACUGCGGAUACAUAUUGUCAUCUAUUCGAUUUCGAGAUACUGCAGUCUCCUUUGAAAUCAUAGAGAUCUGCACGAUCAUCGUCAACUGUGCAGCAUUCACUUACAGCUGCCAGGAAAUUUUUAAUCAAUUCAAUUAUCCCGCUUGGCUGCGCGGGUGUGCGAAUGCUGCCCAGGUACCACUGUAAGCCCAACUGAGCCUGAGCAACCACAACCACCACCACCACUACAGUCACAAUGCAUAUCAAAAACCCCCAAUCAGCACUCAUCUCAAACCACGAGCUCCUCCUGCAUUUGCGCCAAGAAGAAGCCGAAUACACCGGCGAAGACGGCACAGACCGCAAGCGAUGGAAGCCCAAGGGCCUCGAGCACAUGCUACGCGAUGGCCUAACCUACCUUCAAACGCCCGACUACACGACCGCCUCCCUCACAGAAACACACCCGGACCGGCCAAUGACGUUGUACAAGGGCGAACACUCACUCUUCCGCGUGCUGGCACCACACUACCGUUUGAACAAGGCCGAGUUCAUCCAGAUCUAUAACUUGAGGCCGACGACACAGGUUAUGCUCGAGCUGAUUAUCGAAGAGGCGGGCACACGAUUCUCCGAACAGCAGCUUUCCGAGAUUCUAUCUAUAAUCACGCAGGUGUUUGAGGAGGAGGAAGCGAGUAUACCUGCCGGAGUGGAGGACGCCGAGUUGCCCAAGAUACAGAACAAGCUGCUGGGCGCGAGUAAGAAGAAGAAGAAGGUCAAGCGGAGGGUGCGAGAGGAGUAAGUGGCUGAGGUUGGAAGCGAGGAAUGGAAAAGUGAACAGUACGUGGGCAAGGCUGAGAUAGAAGUAUUUUAAUGUCAAGAAC